CGAUGCAUAAGAGCCUUAUCUUUAUUCAAUUGCUCAGCUAAAUAUUAGCGACUCAAAUUGGCGAUUCCAACGUUUAGGAGAAGUCUGGUUGGUUUUGUACCGUACCAUUCAAAAUCAGUCAUCACACUAUCGAUAGGAUGUGGAAUGAUUCCGAUGCGGUUGAAUGCCUCGGAUCCGAGGGGCUUGCCCACUCGAAUGUUGUUUUGGCAUUGAUGAUCAUCUACAGCAUUGGCAUUUUGGUGUCGAUCUUGCUCCUGCUGACCACGGUUGGAUAUCUACUGUUCAUAAAGAAACUACGGACGAAACUCCAGUUUUACGAGUCUCAAAUAUGUUUGAGCAUGGCCAUGUCGGAGAUUUUCAAUUUUCUUGGGUUCUUAAUGUCGCCUUGUCAGCCUUUGGCCAUCGAUGAUGAACCUUUCAAAGUGUUUUGUAUUUCAUGCUCGGCAAUUCAGCUGUUGAUGGAGAUAUCAACUUUCUCGUGGAUUCUCUUGUUGGUACUUCAUAUCUGCCAUCUAGUGGCUAAGGCUUGCCGUGAAGCAAAACUUGAUGCCAAGUCUGAGACCGAACCCAGGAAAAGACGAUUGACUUUGGAAGAGAUGGCGCUUGAAGAAAAUGGAGCAACCCAUUCCAAAUUGGAACAUAAAAUAUCCAAGGACUUGUUGGAGAUUUGGAAAAACAACGCUAAGUACAAGUUCAACCAAGAACAAGAGAACCGAAAACUGGAGAAGCAAGAGUCCAAAGUGGAGCGCAAAAUCGACCAAACUCGAUGGUACAUUGAGGCCUUUGGUGAGUUCAGUUUCCCUGUGUAUGUCUCCAUGAUAAUUGGCUAUGUCCCGGCUGUGUUACUGACUUUGAUCAGUUGCUUGACCAGACCUCCCAUUGAGAUUCCUUUGAAUGGAAUCGACCUUGAGCGACCUUGGGAUGACAUACAAGGCCUGGAUAUCUAUUGUUGGCCUGGUACGGAGACCCAAAUGCUGUAUUACAUGUUGGCUGUCGUGUUUUCUCUCUUUGUGGCCAUUUUGUACUUCCGCGUGAAGGCCAUUCAGAUGGUCCGGAUUCUGCAAGGAGGUCCACUCGACGCACUAAUGAGCAUCAGUAAUUGGCAGCGACAAAAUUCCAAUCCAGAUGGGUCCCCAAAAGUCCCACUUUUUCAUUUGGAUACGACCUCCUUCGAAUUACGGGUCGUGGUUUGCACGUGGAUCAUUGGGAUUCUUCAAACCUUUUACAUAUGGGGAUUGAUGCUCCCAUUCACCACUUUAAAAGUUCUCAAAUGCGUUAUAUUUUUUCUUUACCACGUGUUUUACGAUAUUCAGUGCAGCAAAAGCAAGUCGGACAUAGAUUUGCCCGAGUAGUGACCAAAUCAAUUGAUCCAAUGAAUCUGUAACUACUUUCAAUUUUGUACCUUACAACUGAAUACAUUUUUUAGGAAUGUUUGGCUGAUUAUUGAAUGUAUAAAAAAGCAGGUCCUUAAAAGACAACAAAAACAACUACAUGCUUUGAACUAGAGUCAUGACUAGGACUCGGAUAAAAGCAUUCUUUUUGAGAGCCAAAUAAUCCCUAAAAACAUUCUCAAACACAAAGACAUAAGCCUGUUAAAAAGCAAAAAAAAAAGACAACAUGAAACUAAGAUUGAAAAUGUGUCAAGCAAUUACCAAAGGGUUCAAUAUAUUUUACUAUUUCAAAAUAUUUGAAAGUCAAACUUGUCUCCUAACUUGGACCUCCAAAUUAAUAUCCUAAACCAAGCAAUCUCCUAGAUCAAAUUUGGUUCUUCUGGGUGCUUUAUUUCAGUCAUCUCUCUGGGUGAAGAGACCUGGGCGAAAAUGCAAAUACCUUUAUAUUUGCUCUUUGGUGUGUAAAGUACUGGGAUUGUAGUUGUAUUUUCAGGAAAAACUUGAGCGGUCGCCAAAAAGGCUAGCAGUAAUAAUGUGAGAAAUAGAGAACAACUACUUUGUUGGAAUAAAUCAAAAAAAUUGGGACAGUACAGUAUUUCAAGGAGGUACAAAAGGUAUCUUUUACAUUAACGUUUUUUACUGAAAGUAUCCAUGAGUUUUUUCCUCAAUCAGGUGUUAGAGCCAAUUGUAGUGAAUGUCAAGGUUUACUCUUUUGGGACCUCCAAAAAUCCAGUCUAGUCAACACAAUGAAGUACUUACUUAUCUCACGGGUUCCUUCAAUGUUCCAAAGAAAAACGAAUGACGGGAAUGGGUAGGAAGAUCGGUAGAUAGGUUCUAACUAUCCAGUUUUGAUAGAAGGGAAGAGGUUGCGAAAUCCUAAAAGUUUUGUUGUUGAUUUAAACUUGAGCUUAGAGUUACUUUGCUGCAUUUUAAUAAAUAUCAAUCCACUCUCUAGAAAUAGUCAAAGACGGCUGGUUAUUUAGUGAAUGCAUGGUUCUUUAUGCAAAAUAAUGUAGCGUCUACCGUACUUAAUGGAAAUUAAUAAACACGUCUUUAAUAUCAUGGUUAAGCUCUAGUGACGAUGGUUUAAUUCGUGCACCUAAGACAGAUACAUUUUGCCCUUAUGCCAAAAAACCGUACCUUGCCAAAACGUCUCGUAUAGUUUAUUAGAACGGGCGCUAUCUCUGCAAAAUGUGAUGGAAGUGUUUCUCUAGUUCUUACCUCUGCGCCCUAUCCACAUGUUGCACUUUUGCGAUUUUGAAAAAUUCAAGCUUUUUGAAUAUUGUUUUUUCAAGUUUUCAUAGAAAAAUUGAAAUGCUAAAAAGAUAUUUUAUCCCAAUUUUUACAACUUCUUAUUUUAAAGGACUUUUUUCUAAAGAGCUUGAUCACCUUGCUUUUUGCAAGCUAAUCAUUCAAUUAUUCAAGACUACGUCUCUUCAGCCUUUGAAAACGGAUGGUAACUAAUACCUUGCCUUUUUCCACUACAUAGUCAAAGUAUUAGGUAAAAUUGGAGGUACUUGACAACUCGAGUUAAAGUCACUCAAGUUUCAAUAGUCAUUCCAUGGAGUAGUGUUAGAAAGAUAGUUUAUGCGGUAUUCUUCAGUUUAAUUUUACAUUCUUAUUUAUCAUAAGUUUUUGUUUUUCCAUCAAUAUGCGUUUGAUUAGGUUACAAGGAGUAAAUUGAGCUUCAUAUAUUUGCUAAAAUGAAUAUUUCUCAAUAAAAUCGCUUAAAGGA